AUGUGCUUUUUUUACUUCAUCAUUGCUCCACUGCACCAUUACGAAUGGAAUGCUAUGAUAAUCGAAGAAUACGACAAUGACGACCACGACGACAACAGUCGAAAAGAUGCCGUUUUUCAACCGACUGCUGCACAUUUAAUGUCAACCGAAUGCCAAAAAAAAUGCAAUUUAGCCAGAGGCAAAAUUUUGUAA